AUGUCCGCCCCAGCCCCAGCCGACAGCCUCGCAGCCAAGGUUGCCGUCAUCACAGGCGCAUCCAAGGCCAUCGGCCGCGCCACAGCCCUGCGGCUCGCCUCACUCGCCGCCAGCGUCGUGAUCAACUACGCCUCGUCCACCAAGGACGCCGACGAGCCGGUGCAACACAUUGGCAGCGACCGUGCUGUCGCCGUCAAGGCCGACUCGGGCAGCAUCCCCGGGUUGGAGCGGCUGGUGAGCGCCGCCGUCGACAAGUUUGGCAGGAUUGACAUUCUCAUCCCCAACCCAACGCCGCCGUCCUGCAAAUCGCCCGGCCCCACGGGCACGGAGCUGUUCUUUGAGGGCAAGAGCGAGCAGCUGCUCAACACCAUCAAUGGCUGGACCUGGACCCUGUUCGGUAGGAUAGGCGAGCCCGACGAGAUAGCGGAGGUCAUCGCCUUCGUGUCCGGGCCCAGAUGGGUCAACUGUCAGGUAUUUGAGGCGAACGGCGGCAUGGCGUAA